UUUAAUUCGGCUUCAAAAACCUUUAAACGAAAAGAUUAGAAUCAAAAUAAAUUACUCUAUGAAUCAAACGAUAUUCUACAAUAAGAAAGAUGUUCCCACUAACAAGGUAUACAACCAUAGUCCGCUGUUCAGAAUUCAUUUCGUUCGUAGUCUCAAACGUGUGCGAACGUGUGAAUUGUGUUCUAUUAACGAAAUUACGUCUUAUUCUUUUCUGAACUGUAAUUUUCGAAAAAACAUAAUGAAGUUCAUUGUAAUUGUUACGUGUCUUAUCAUACCACUUUUGGCAUCAUCAAUAGAAAAAGCGUUCACAACGGAGAAAGAACAGAUUGCAACCACAGAAGAAGCACCCAUCGAAACUGCAGAGCAGACAACACCAUACAUUAACGUCAACUACUACCGUGGUCCAGAACAGAAUCUCAAAUCAAAUAUUCGAAAAGGUGCAGAGCUAAAAAACUACUUUUAUGGAAUCUCUUACGAAAUAUUGACAACCACCGAUGAUAAGGGUAACCGAGAGUUUUUAACUGUUGACUAUGUUCAGGCUGUUAAGGCAUGCAACAAUCGAUCGCUCUUAACAUUCAAAACGAAAAAAGAAAAUGCUUUCGUUUCCAAUUGGCUUUUCAACGAGCUGAAGAUCGAGACUCAAGUUUGGAUCGGUUUGACGAGAGUCAACGGCACCAAUGAUUUCGUCUGGGCCGAUGGAACCAAAUUAAAAUCGAAAAAUGAUGAAAAAUUGUUCAAAAAUUGGCAUAAAUGUGAACCGAAUGAUAUUACCACCACAAGUUGGAGGGUGGACGGUUGGGGCGAGGAUUGCGUUGAAAUGUACUCAUCUUACUAUCCGUACCCUCCGAGAUGCGAUGUAAAUUCUAAAGCUGGCCAAUGGAAUGACAUUCCAUGUAAGCUGAUUUACAACAUGGUUGUUUGUCAAGAGAAAAGCUCUUGAAAAGCAUUCCAAAUUUGAAAGAUGAAAACAGAAGAGAGAGGAUAAUUUGGUGAUUGGGACGAAGCGACUCAAUCGCUAAAUUAUUAUCUCUCUGGAUGAAAAUGAUCAAUUGAUAUCGUAAUAAAGACAGACUCUACGUAGCACGAUUUUCUAUAUUUCUCUCUCUCCGAGGGGUGACG